CUAACAUGUGUGUUAGAAGUGCAAGUCAAGUCACACCUACACUUCAAUGUGAGAAUUAAUCAUUAACAGGCCUGAAAGGAGUGCUUCCACUCCACACGUAACAUUGUGCUGUCACUGUUACCCCGGAUACUUUUAAAACAUUUUACAGUUCAGAGGGCAGAAACGUUUUGCUUUCAUUUCAUGCCAAAAGAAACCGUAGGUUGUAGGUCAGGGUUAAUCGAUGAUUAGAAAUCAAUAAAAUAAAAAAAUAGUUUGGAUUGUUAUGGAUUUUGUUCCUUCUUAGAAAUACUACCACUAUUCUCUUUUUUUUUGAUAAAUAAAUGUAAAAAAAAAAUAAUCUAAGGAGCAGUUGUGACACUAGGGUGGGGCGAGGAAAGUGGACACUGGCACAAACCGUGCCCAACGGUCCAUAAAAAUAUUAUUGCGCGGCUGGUUUAUUACAACACUGCCAUUCGAUGUGAAUCUCAUCUGCUCGCUCUGCUCAAACCGUCAAGAUGUGGACCUGGGAACAGAGGAAAAAAUAUUCCAAUUCCAAUUUCAUCAUGCAGGAGACGUCGCAGUAUCAUGUGGAGCAUCUCUCCACGUUCAUCAUGGACAAGAGAGACGCCAUUGUCACGGUGGACGAUGCCGUCAAGAAGCUCGCCCUCCUGGAGUCAAAGGACAAAAUAUGGACGCAGGAAAUGCUGCUCCAGGUCACCGACAAAGCCGUCAGGCUGCUGGACUGUGACACACAGGAGGAGUUGGAGAACUUUCCCCUGCCCACCAUUCAAAUGUGUCAGACGGUGCUGAACCAGACACGUUACCCCUCCGUGCUCCUGCUCGUGUGUCAGGACAGGGAGCAGCACAAACCCGACAUCCACUUCUUCCACUGUGACGAGGUGGAGGCUGAGAUGGUUUAUGCAGAUAUAGACAGUGCCAUUGGAGACAACAAGCACGGGAGGAAGAUGAGGCUUCAGACUCUGAAGGUGAAUCAGGAGAAAAUGAAGCGCCACAGAGAAACCAUUCUCCCUCCUUCGGCCCCUAAGGGCCCCGCUCCUGCACGUAAGGGACGGGUGGCUGCUCCUGCCACAAGGGAAAGAAGAGCCUCGGAACAAAGCGACACGGAGUCCCACGAAAACCUGGCCCAGCGCAUUGAGAAGGACGUGCAAAUUCUCAACUGCGCCCUGGACGACAUCGAAGUCUUCGUGGCGCGGCUGCAAAAGGCAGCAGAGGCCUUCUCACAGCUCAACCAGCGCAACAAGAGUAAGAAGAAUAAGAAGAAAGGACCAGCAGAGGGCAUUAUGACCCUACGAGCCAAACCCCCCACUGAAGCCGAGAUGAUUGACAGCUUGCAGAAACUGAAGCUGGCCCUGAACCUCUUGGCCAAACUGCAGAAACACAUUCAGAAUCCCAGCGCCUCUGAACUGGUUCAUUUUCUCUUUGGUCCUCUCGAGCUGGUGCUGCAGACCUGUGGGAGUCCUGAAAUAGCUCGGUCAGUCAUCUCUCCUCACCUCUCGAAAGAUACCGUCGACUUCCUCCGCGGACACCUCAUCCCUAAAGAAAUGACCAUCUUUGAGCUUCUGGGGGAAGGAUGGACCAGACCCAGAGCAGAGUGGCCGAGGGAUCAGUGUGCUCCUCCAUAUUAUCCAAAGUUUCGUAACGGCUGGGAUCCCUCACCGGAGUUCUUCAAGACGGCCCCGUGGGAGACAGAAGGACCCACAGGACCACCGGGACCUCCCACCAGCCCUGACUACAGGAAACACGCAGCAGAGGAUUUUUACGGUACUCAUUCUUCCAACUCAUCAAAUGGUUCCUACAACGGGCGGACACAAAAUCGCAAAUACGCCAAAAUCCGCUACCACUUUGUAGCCAGGAACGCCAACGAGCUGUCGGUGCUGCAGGAUGAAAUUCUGGAGGUGAUAGAGGACGACAAGCAAUGGUGGAAACUAAGGAACCGCAGCGGCCAGGCUGGUUACGUCCCGUACAACAUCCUGGAUGUUGUGAGGAUCGAGGAACCAGAGGGGGUCUUCAAUCAGGACUACAGGACCUCGCCUCCCAGUUCUAUUGGCCACAGCGACAACUUCAGCAUGGGUAGACACAAAGACAAAAUGAUGGAUGAAGUCAACACUGAGUUAUUGAUGAUGAUCACCGCUAACAAAAGCCAACCGCAGGCUAGGAAAUUCCGCGUGGAUCGAUACUCUGGUACCCAGGUGCCCCUCAACUUUGACUCCGAUGCAGAGCAGGUGACGGCAUGGCUCACGUCUAAAGGCUUCUCCAAACCGACGGUUGAGUGUCUGGGGAUCCUGACUGGAGCUCAACUCUUUUCUCUCAACAAAGAUGAACUGAAGGCUGUGUGUGGAGAAGAAGGCGGCCGCGUUUACUGUCAAGUCACCGUGCAGAAAACACAGCUAGAGAGUAACAAAGGAGACUCAGAGCUGCAGGAGAUCAUGAAACGAAGACAGGAGAGAAUUGAAUCUGGCAGCAAAGACUGAACCUGUCGAACCGGAAUCGCUAAUCCAGACGCUUACUCCACCUAAAACUCUUUUCACCACAGCAGCUUCCUUUAGUCCAUCCGCUGCUAAUUACCCAUUACUACGUCGAUCAUGGUAAAAACUUAAACUGUAAAUUUAAAGUGUAUAUUUAUUUUUUAACCAUGCAUUGUAUAUGUACUCAAGUGUUUACUCACCUAAUCAUGUCGCUUCGCAUUUUAUUGAUGCUUGUCAUAACAAUGUACAGUUUGGCAUUUGUGAACGCACGUGUUUGUGUAUGAGUGUGUGUGCGCGCGCAUGUGACUGUAAUAGGGCGUUCACGCGGAGUCAGUAACACAGUAAAACAAGUCAGUGACAGUCUCACAACUUACCAAACAGUGCCACCUCCUGGCAAACGUUGGCCAAUGCUUCUUCUUUUUUAAAUCCGGUCUUGAUACAGCGUGGCAGCGGUGUUGGUGUCCACAAACGGCGGAGAUUCAAGUUCACUGCUUUACUUCAGCAAAGUGGCGUCGGGAUAAACUGGUCGCUGAUAAGAUGCCGUCUGAAAAUUUGAAUUUUUCCAACUUUCAUUCGCGUCGAGUCUGAGACUCCAAAACAUUGCAGCGUGUUGUAGCGCCAUUUGCAACGCCAGUUGCGCUUGCGUGAACGCCCCAUUCACACACAUGUUGUAUGAGGUGCCAGGUGAUGUGUACGCUCUGUUUGAAAUUACAGCUGUUUACGAAAUGAAUAACAAGACUUUUUAAAAUCUGUGCCAGUAUAGGGCUGAACAAUUUGACGAAAAUAAGUCAAUGGUAUUUUUACUACUAUUAUUUUUUUUGUAUUUUAAGCUAAUACUAUUAUUAUAAUCAGUAUUGACUGAGUAUAUAUGUAUAUAUAUAUAUACCAGCCAAAAAGUACCUUAUUUGCAGUGUUUCACUAAAAGCAAUAAAUUGUUCAGCCCUAGCCAUCCAGCCAAUCAUUUUCAAAAUACUCAAUACACAACUAUAGAAAAUCCUGACCAAUAUUCAGUUCGAUUCAUAGCAGGUGUGAGCAGUGGAGUCUUUAUGCUGGUUGACAGCAUCAAACCAGCAGAAUGAGACAUGGAUCAAAAAUCCCAUUCCUACAACUGCACUCUCAGUGUCACUGCAUGGAGUCGUUUCCAAUCCAUGCAAUGCCGUUGUUGUUUUGGUGUCCUUUUCUCACAUCGUUGUUCUUUGCAGUGGAUCAAACAUUGCGACAUAAAUGUAUGUGAAGGACUGUUCUGCUGUAAAUUAAAGAGGGUUGUACAUGUUUUUGGGACAGUGUUUGAACAGAUCAUAAUUAAAAGAGUAACUUGAAACAAA